CAAAUAAAUAAAAAAUAAAUAUUUGAUUAGUAAUAUAUUUGCAUAUAAAUAUCGUUAACAAUGGCAUUUAGCAGACCUUGCCUGCAAUGGACUGUUAUUGUUUUCAACAUACUGAGUUUGAUAAUUGGCGUUCUCUCAGUGGCCGCCUGCGUUUAUGUACUGGAGAAAUUCUCAGAAGGCUCAGCUGAACAUCUAGAAAAGUUUGUACAACUGGGAGCUGCCGGUCUAUUGGUUCUUGCGACAUUCGUUGGCUGCUUUGGUGCUGUGCAUGGAUCUGUUCGAAUACUCUGUUGUUACGUCACUAUGCUGAUCGCAAUAAUUAUAUCGCACAUAUGGAAAUUAUACCGUUAUAACGAAGAUAAACAAAUUUCAGCCACAGAGAAAAUGGUUACUACAGCUUGGAUGGAUUGGCUGGUGAAGAAUGGCGCUAUGGAUGAGUUACAAGAGACGUAUGAAUGCUGUGGUGAAAAGAACAGUUUGGAUUAUGUAAAUUUCAAAAUAAAAAUUCCCCUCAGUUGUUAUCGCACACAGAAUGGUUUGCGCAUGAUUACACCCUAUGAAGAGGGGUGCUUAGAGGCUCUAAAGCGCGCCUAUCUGGCGGUAUAUCGGAAUGAGCGUUUAGCUCAUUCAUUAUUUAUUGGUUUUGAGUGCCUAGGCAUACUGAUAUCCUUAUUGUUGAUCUGCAAGCUACUCACAAAGUCACGUAGAUAUAGCUAUUAGUGAGAGUUAGUUGAUAUUUACAAUAGUACAUUAAAAAAAUAAAUACUUUUAUAAACUGUUUACAAA